AGUGAGGAGACCGCGGCGCUCCACAAAGCGCUGAGCCGACCCGAGAAGAGGCUGCCCGGCCCCCUCCAGGCGAAAGGAAAUGAAGAGGAGGCUGAAUAAGAAAUACUUGGUUUUGAUUCUAGCAUACACAGGUCUGCUUCUGCUAAUCCCGUACGUGUUAGAUUACCGGGAUAAAUCCGUUGAGCACGCUCGGCACGGACUCCCUCAGCAGCAGCCGCGAUGCCCGGACCUGGAGAACACGGUGGCUCUCCUGUGGGGUAACGGGUACCGGGGGAACGGCAGCGAGGCGGCGGAGCCCCCCGCCAACCGCAGCCAGGCUCGGAUCCACAUCUACCUGCACGCCACCUGGAGGACCGGCUCCUCCUUCCUGGGGGAGUUGUUCAACCAGCACCCAGAUGUCUUCUACCUGUACGAGCCCAUGUGGCACAUAUGGCAGGCUCUGUACCCCGGGGACGCGGGCAGCCUGCAGGGCGCAGUGCGGGACAUGAUGAACGCCCUGUACCGCUGCGACUUCUCCGUCCUCAAACUUUACGCCGGCUCGCAGAACAUCACCACGUCGUUCAUCUUCGGCUGGAAGAUGAACAAGGUGAUCUGCUCGGAGCCGCUGUGCGACGCGCACAAGCGCCACGAAGUCGGGCUGGUGAAGGAGGACAAGUGUGCCAAGUGCCAAAAGAGGGACCUGAGGGAGCUGGAGCGCGAGUGCAAGAAGUACCCGGUGAUGGUGAUCAAAGGGGUGCGCGUUCUGGACCUGAGCACGCUCGUGCCCCUGAUGAAGGACCCCGCCAUCAACCUGCAGAUCAUCCAGCUCUUCAGGGACCCCCGGGCCGUGCACAACUCGCGGCUGAAGUCCAAGCAAGCCCUGGUGAAGGAGAGCAUCCAGGUGCUGCGGAGCAAGAAGCAGACCGACAAGUACAAGCGGCUGCUGGUGCCGAGCAACAGGGUGAACCGGGCGGAGAGCUACGUCUCCAGCGCCAUGGAGCUCAUCUGCGACAACUGGCUGGGGGACAUGAUGCUGGUGAUGAACUCGCCCCCCUGGGUGAGGAGGAACUACCUGCGGGUCCGCUACGAGGACCUGGUGCUGCACCCCAUGGAGGAGCUGCAGAGGAUGUUCCACUUCUCCAACCUGUCCAGCUUCCCAGCUCUGGAGAGGUUUGCGCUCAACAUGACCCACGGCCAGGGCUACUCUUCAGACAAACCCUUCCUGAUUUCAUCAAGGGACGCCAAGGAGGCCAUCUACGCCUGGAGGGAGCGCCUGAACAUGGAGCAGAUCCAUCAAGUGGAGGCCUACUGCAGCGAGGUGAUGAGGCAGCUGGGCUAUCAGAAAAACGGCAUGGAUAAAGCGACAUGAAGAUGGGCUCCAGAGGAACCAAGGGUCCUGGUAUACGAGGCUCAGGGCGAAAGGUGGAACAACAAAACAAGCAGCAGGAAUGCGCUCCACCAGGAGUUCUCAAGCGUCGCCUCUCGGGUUGUUUUUCCGUCAGCCGGGCUGGAUUUCUGAAC